AUGGACGGCUGCUGCACUGUAUACUGGGACAGACAACUUUUUAGGAUUGUUGAUUUUCCCAUGUGUGGUCAGUUGGAAAAUCUCAAAGUACGUGUUAGAAAUUUUGACAGAUUUAAUAAUUUCAAGAGAGCUUUAGCACUCAGCGUACAAGAAUAUGUACGUCUCAUCAGAUCCAUCAAUAUAAUUGACAAUAUAUUUACUUUAAUGCUGUUUGGAGCGCUUGUUUAUUUUGGAAUACUUUUUGCUUUUUACGGCUUUUUGUAUGGUACUAUGCUAACUCGAAGUCAUGAUCUUUCUAUGGCACGUUUAACAUUUAUUAUAACGUUAUCUCUCAAUACAUUUGCACAUACAUGUCUCUACUGCAUUGUAGGGGAAAUAUUAAUCACACAAUGCGAUGGUGUUUAUAAAGCGGCAUGCGAAUACGAAUGGUAUAAUUUAGAACCAAGCAAAGCAAAGAACCUAUUAUUUAUAAUGAUACAUACUAACAAACCGCUUUAUAUCACCGCGGGAAAGUUGUUUCCUAUGACGAUGUCUACAUUUUGUAACUUAUUAAAGACAUCAGGCGGCUAUAUAUCGGUUUUACUGGCCCAUCGGGAAUAA